UCUUCUUUAAAUGUUUAUCCUUUUACUUUAUGUUCACAAUAGAUAUAUAACAACUCGUUUUCUUCUUCCUUGGAGCUCUCCAAGCUCAUUUCUAGGUUUGUACCUGUUGCUAAACCCACCUGGAUUGCAAGCUUUUGUCAACUACAAGCCCAAUGUUGUCAUCUUCAUGGCUGAUGAUCUUGGCAUUGGGGAUAUAGGUUGCUAUGGAAAUAAUACUAUCAGGACUCCUAAUAUUGAUCAGCUGGCAAAAGAGGGAGUAAAACUUACCCACCACAUUGCUGCAGCUCCACUUUGUACUCCAAGUCGAACAGCUUUCUUGACCGGCAGAUACCCCAUCCGAUCAGGAAUGGCUGAUUUUGGUGGUGUCCGUGUCCUUCAGUGGAUUGGUGGUUCAGGUGGCCUCCCUCCCAACGAAACUACUUUUUCCAGGAUAUUGCAGAAGCAAGGCUAUGCCACGGGAUUAAUAGGAAAGUGGCAUCAAGGUGUGAACUGUGAACACCGUAAUGAUCACUGCCAUCACCCCUUAAAGCAUGGUUUUGAUUAUUUUUAUGGGAUGCCCUUUUCAAUGAUGGGUGACUGUCAAAUAACUCAUCCUCCCGAGAUGGCUGUGCCUCUGCGGAUCAGACUCUGGUCAUACACUCAAUUGAUUGCCCUUGCUGUGUUCACUCUUAUAGCAGCCAAAUGUACCCAUCUGGUGCCCCUCAGCUGGAAAACAAUUUUUCUUCUUGCUUUCUUUGGCCUCUUGUUCCUUCUUUCUUGGUUCUCAAGCUAUGGAUUCAUAAGAUACUGGAACUGUGUCAUGAUGAGAAACUUUGAAGUUACAGAGCAGCCAAUGAAAGUGGAGAGAGUAGCAUCCCUUAUGCUGAGGGAGGCCAUUUCCUUUAUAGAAAGAAACCAACAUGGGCCAUUUUUCCUCUUUGUUUCUUUCUUGCAUGUUCACACACCACUGGUUACCACAGGAAAUUUCACUGGAAAAAGCAACCAUGGCUUGUAUGGGGACAAUGUAGAAGAGAUGGACUGGAUGAUAGGAAGAAUUCUGGAUACUCUCAACAAUCAAGGUUUGAAAAACAGCACUCUGACAUACUUUACCUCUGACCAUGGUGGACACUUAGAGGCCCAGCAAGGAAAUGUUCAGCUAGGUGGUUGGAAUGGCAUAUACAAAGGAGGAAAAGCUAUGGGAGGAUGGGAAGGAGGGAUCCGUGUCCCCGGAUUAUUCAGAUGGCCAGGAAUGCUACCUGAAGGCACAGUUAUUGAUGAACCGACAAGCUUAAUGGACAUUUAUCCUACACUGGUUCACCUGGCUGGUGGGACGUUACCACAGGACAGGGUGAUCGAUGGCCGAAACCUAAUGCCUUUGCUGCAAGGAUCUGUGCAACACUCAGAGCACGAAUUCAUGUUUCACUACUGCGGGGCGUAUUUACAUGCAGUGCGGUGGCACCAGAAGGAGAGUGAACAUGUUUGGAAAGCCCAUUUCAUGACACCAGUUUUUCAACCAGAAGGGGCUGGAGGUUGUUAUGAACUUAAAAUCUGCCCAUGUUUUGGAGAAGGCACAACCCACCAUGAUCCACCUUUGCUGUUUGAUCUUUCUCGAGACCCUUCAGAGGCUUUGCCUCUGUCACCAGACACUGAGCCACUGUUCCAUGCUGUCCUCAAGAGAAUGGACAAAGCUGUGGAUGAACAUCGAAGGACACUCUCUCCUGUCCCACAGCAGUUCUCUGUUUAUAACAUUAUUUGGAAACCAUGGCUGCAGCCAUGCUGUGGGACAUUUCCAUUUUGUUGGUGUGACAAAGAAAAUGAUGCUAAUUUAUAA